CGAGAACUGAUAAUGAUGGAGGAAACACGUGUGGUUAAUUUGCUUGCAAAAAAACUUCAUGUAUACGAAAUGCCUACAUGUGUCCGCUAUUGACAGUCAUUUAUUUUAUCUAGAACAAUACUUUUAUCGUUGAAUAAGUUUAAUAUCAUUGGAAAGGUUUAAAAUGACUGGUGUACGACUGGUCGGAGCGGUGGCUGUUUCAACAAUAUCUUUGUUGGCUUUGAUGUGGUAUGUCCGACGCAAGAAACCUCAAAAGUCACCUUCAAAAAAGAGAAAUAAAUCUGAAAAUGCAGUAACCAAAGAUAAAGAAGGAAAUAACAGUCUGAGGCAUAUCUCAUCGCAACCGUUGAUAGCUGAAUCAAGUAAUGAACCUGUGUCAAAUCAAGUCAAUAAUAUUAUAGAUGAUAAAUUAGUUAAAGAAAUUGAACGAGAAAUUGAAAGACAGGAAGAAAUGAUCCUUAAAAAAGAAACACAAUUGACAACUACAAAAAAUGAUAUAAUUUUACUGGAAAGUAGUGGUAACUUAAAUGAAAACUUAAAUGAAAAAAACCACCAGAAUAAAAAAAUUGAACAUGUUCACACAACAAAAAAAUCAGGGAAUGCUUCACUACAACAAGAUGACCUCAUUUUGGCAGAGGCAGCCAACAACCUUAAUAAAUCCCCAACAAUUACAGGCAGUAAUGAUGUUAGUGAAAGGAAUGGUGCAUAUCAAAAUUUUAACUUGACAUCUGGUGAAAACGAGACAAUCAUCUCUGAGAAUGUCUCGGUUCUAAAUGAGGCAAUGACCGCCUCAAGGAUGAAUGAGAUGAGUUUUGUCAACAAAACUGAAAGUGAAAGUAGGGAAGACAGGGCAGAACAAGAAAUAAUGAUUGAGCAGGAUGUUCUCUCUGUGUCAACCAUGGUGCCAUUAUUAGAGUCGACAAACCUUGAUAUCACUUGUUGUCAAGGAAGAGAUAAUGACUCAAACACUGAUGAUGUUAUCAAACCAGAAACUUCAAUAAAAUUGGAGUCUUCUCUCUGUGAACAUUCUCAAAACCUUCCGUCUUCAAAUGGUAAUGAUCUGUCUCAUUCAGAAGGAAAGAGUUCAGUGCUUAACAAUAAAUCUUCCCGGAGAAACAGAAAUGAUUCAAACUGUUCAAGUCAAAGUGCCAGUCAUGUGGAAGAUCGCAUUUCAGAAACAAGUAGUGAGCGAACAAGUUCGCCGCCUAAAGACAGAAACUCAGUGUCUCCAUCUAAAGAAUCACAACAUGGCAUUAUUGAGAAUGGUGUCCAGAGUUCAGAUACAUCCAACUGUGAUAGUGCCUCCAUUGACAGUGACCGAGGCAGUAACGGAUAUCCAACACCUAAAGUUAAGGAUGACAAGACAAAGAUUUCAUACAAGUGUAACUUUCCAACAGAGCUCUGUGGAAGAUUGAUUGGAAAGUUUGGAAAAAAUAUCAAUUUUAUUAAAGAGAAAACUUUGGCUAAUGUAGCUUUGAGUACAAAUCCUUUCACACCAGCCUUUCAGCUCUGCUCUGUAGAAGGUACACAGACACAGAUAGACGAUGCCUUGUCCAUGAUAAGCAAGCGGUUCCCAGAGGUUGACCUGAGACCAGUAGAUGUCCCAUCAUUGAAUGAACCCCAGCCUGUGGUAUCUAAUCCUCUCCUUAUGCCAGAGUUAAUGCAGGUAAUACCAGGAAUUACACAGUUAAACCUUCCAGAAGGAGUUUCUGUAGACGUUGUAGUAUCCAGUAUUGUUGACGCUGGACAUAUCUUCAUGCAACAACCUACUCACCCAUCAUUCCCUUCAUUGGAGAGGUUGAAUCAGUUCAUGAAUGCCUGUUACACACAAGAUGGAAUAGUGCCACAAUUACCAAGACCAUUAGAGGUGGGCGUAAUAUGUUCUGCACCUAUAAUGGAGGGGUGGUACCGAUCACAAGUCACAGCUGUAUAUGAGGGUCCCGAUGAAUGUGAUAUCAAAUACGUGGAUUAUGGCGGGUUUUCACGAGUUUCAGGAUCAAUAUUGAGGCAGAUUAGGAGUGACUUUAUGACAUUACCAUUCCAGGGUAUUGAAUGUUACAUGGCUAACAUAACACCCUUACAAGAUGAGGAGUAUUUUAGUUCUGAAGCAGCUGCAGUGUUAGAAGAGCUCACCCAAGGGAAGUUACUCCAGGCUCAGGUUGUGGGAAGAAAUGAGGAUGGCAUAGCUUACUGUCAUAUAUACCAGAUCAAUGGAGAUAAGGUUACAUUUGUAAAUAGAGAACUAGUCAACAGGGGAGUGGUAAGGUGGAUAGAAAUUCUAUCAUGAGACUGCUGAAUCCACAGCUUCAAUCCUGCCAAACCUUGUGUUGUCAUCAUAUAUGGCCAUGUUUUUAUCAUCUUCCUAAGGAGGAGAGGUCAGAGACUGAAUCAUGAACUUGCUAUGUGUUAAAUCGUGUGGUAGCUACCAUAGGGGUCUUGUUGGAAUAGAUCCAGUUGAGAUUGUUAAGGAAAAACAUAAUUCAUCAUAGUUCAUUGAAUGUUUAAUGAUUUUGUCUGUGUGAAUGAAAAGGAUUAAAAAAGUACUAUUUACUAUUAAAAACAACGUUUACUUUCUGCUCAGAGCAAGCAAAUUUUGGUUAUUGAGAAAUUAUACAAACCUUCCAUUUAAAAAUUGUAACCAUACUGUUGAUUUUUUUAUAAUAUUUUUCUAUUAUAACUGAGACUUUCAAUUUAAGCAUUGAUCACCUGUUAAGAAGUAUUAAUGUUUUAAACCUUAGUUUGCAUGACCUCAUUUUACAUGGUUUUGCAUUUAUUUGUUGUACAUCUUCUGAUAUCAGUUGUCCACAUACAUUUUAAAAGAGAAUGCUUUCAGAUAUAUACCACAAAACUAUGAUUUGACUCAUUUCUAAGGUGAAAUACCUUUAGAUUCUGAAUGACUAUUGCAUUUAUUUUGUAUAGCAAUAAUCCUUGCUUUUAAAUUCGUGUUAGUUGUGAAAUCUGCAAGUUGUGAAUCCCUAAUUCUGUUUUGUAUCUCUACAGUUAAGUUUUUGUACUGCAUUUGCUAUGCUAUAAAAGAUAUACAGGUUGUUCAAUCCGAUUGAAAUGACAUCAUAUUGGUUAUUAUUAUACCUUACAUAUAUUAUAAACAAUUAUAUUGGGUAACACGUUAUCACAUGACAUGGAAUAAUUCAGUUAAUUCUCAUUUAAUUGCAAGGAGGGACGAAUAACCCUAAAAAUUUACACCAGCGGUGAAUAACCUUAUUAUUCACUGAUGAAUAACCUUUGAGUUUCUUGAUUUGUACACGAGUUAUCUCCCAUGAAAAUGAUGUCACAUACGUAAGUAAACAAAACGGCAACGUUCAACUUCAAAAUACAGGAAGCCCAUCAAGUGACAAGGAAACAACUUUGAAGGCUUUGGAAAUGCAUCUAGUGCCAAGGAUAUUUCUUAUAAACGGUCCUUUUCAGGGCCAUCAAUAUUUUACAAAAAGAUUCUACAUUUGUUGUACAUACGAGAAAUUCUAAGACAAAAAUGUAUUUUCGAAUGUCAACUUUUGAUUGUUACUAUACUAUAGUAAGGUAAGUGCUUUUUCAAUGGUUCAAAAGCCCCUUCCACUGUUAGUUUGGUAUAAUAAAACAAUUGUGGCCCUAUAGAAGCGAUGAAUAUCCAAAAUUGUCAACCCUAAAAAAUUAUUUCACUUCGGGCUGCACCCUCAGUGAAAUAACCUUCUCAUGUUGACAAUUUUGGAUAUUCACCUUUUCUACGGGCCAUAAUUAUAUAUUAUUUUUUCAAAUGAAAUCGUUGAAGAUUUAAAAGAAAAAGAAUAGAGUCUUGGACAUACUUGGAAUUAUGCUUUUUAUAUGUGACAAUGAUGAAGAAUGCUAUUGAAAUUAAAUUCUACUUAAUUGUUUUAGUUCCAUCAAUUUUUAAGUCUCAAGAAUAUUACUUAUACAUGAUAUUGAAAUUUAAUUGAAUUUUGAAAUUAAGGCAGACAUAAUCUUGCAGUCAAGAUAAGAUAUUUUGAAGUUAGCUUACUUUUAUAAUGACAUCAUUGUGAUAUUUUUUUUACAAAUAUCUGGUUGAGUAUCAAUGAAAUACUUAUAAAAAGUUUAUAAAGUAAUUAAUUUGUUAUCGGUAAGAUGUAAUGUAACAUGAAAGAGAAAUGGCCAAGAUGUAUCUCAUUACAGUCCCAGGUGCAUAAUAAAUUGACUUUAGCUAUGUUUUAUAGUUAUGGUCACUCACCUUAUAACUAUUUGUCUUAUCUGCAAUCUAAACUCUUUAACUACAGAAACAAAAUAAACAUCACAAUUAGCUUCCAAGGCAAGGGUAGAAUAGCGCAACAAAUUUUAUUUCUUGAUUUCAUUUGUGUGUUUUUUUUCCAUAGCCAAAAAGUGGAUUUUGUUUAAAUGCUUUUUCUUCUAGUUCAGAUAAAUUUUAAUGUUGGAUGACUUCAGUUGAUAUGAAAUGAAAUUACAAGCUGUCUUUCUGUUCCUGUCCCAUAUCAUUCAGUGACAUUUCAAAAAAAAAAAUUUUGAUACAAAUUUCCAUAAAAACAUGGAAGAUUUCUGUAUAACUUUUGGUCAAUUUUAAUUUCAAUUUUUUUUUUUUUUUAAAUAAGAGUCUCACAUAAUUUUUCUAUGGUCGAUGAGAUUUGAUAUAUAUUGAGUUUACAACUUUUUUACAGGGUAUAUGUAUUAUCGUUAAUAUAAUCAUGAUUUUUUUAUACUCUAAUUUAAAAUAACAUUGUCAAAUAUGAAGUAUUUUUCCACAUAUAAUCUGAAACUGGUAAAAUAAUAGAAAUUUUUGUAAAAAAGUGAAAGUAGUCAAUAUCCUUGAAUAACACUUAAUACUUUUAGUUCAGAUACUAUUUAUGAUAUGUAGAAUAGUAAGUAUCCUUGAAUAACACUUUGUACUUUUACUUCAGAUACUAUAAGUGAAGUAUAGAAGGGAAAUCAGUUCAACUAUAUUGUAUCCUCUCCUCAGAUAAGUUUAAAGAUGUAAAUAACAAGCUUAAAUAAAUUUGUUAUAUUUUGAAUUAGUCAAAUGUUUGAUAAUUUGAAAUUUAUUUUUAUAAUCUUUUGGAAUAAAAUUCACUGUGCUUUU